CUAGAAGAUUGUUGUUCUUGUGUUACUCAUUCAUGCAAAUUGGAGAAGGUAUAAUUGAAACAAGGUUGGCAGUGUUUGAGGCAGUGUGCUGCAGCUGAGCUCAGCUUAAAGGUCGCUGGAAAUCAAGUGCUUUGUAAGUGAAGGCAUUUUGACUACAGACGAUUCAAGACAUUUUGGAAACGUCAGUCUCGGGAAUGGGCCGUCUUUUUCUUUCUGUGAUAUCUGGUCUCUAAGGUUUUACUUAGGAUAAAGACUACGACUUCUGAGCUCUUUUAGGCACCACAAAUGAUUUUUUCUUUCGAUGCAGUGCAGCUGCUUCUAGCCUGUCUACCGACAGAGAUCUUUGUUAUGACUUUCAGCCCUUAACAUGUUUGGAAAUGAGAACAAAUGGCACAAAGCUUACGAUUGCACUUUGCAGCCAGAAGAAGCAAUACUUAUCCUGUGUCAGAAACCUCUGGAGAUGAUUCGGAUAGCAGUGUUCACAUGUGCUUCACGAGACCAACACGGAUUUCAACGUCUAACGUGGUUCAAAUGAAGCUGACUCCCAGACAGACUACACUACCUCCGUUAAUAAAGGAAAAUGUUAAGUCUCAGGAAGGAUCAUCUGUUCCUUCACCUGAAAAUGUUAAUAAAAAGAGCAGCUGUCUGCAGAUUUCACUACAGCCAACAAGGUACAGUGGAUGUCUUCAGUCUGGCAAUGUCUUAGCUGAUGGUGGUGAUGCUUCAUUUACUUGUGUCUUGAAGGAUGGCAGUGCUGUGGUUGAUAAUGAACUGAAUGCUGUGGAUGAUGGUAACCUCUUGAGCAGUCCUGCCAUUUGCAGUGGUAGCCUUAGUCACUUCUCAGCCAGUGAGAAUGGGUCUUAUAGCAGCAACGGUAGUGAUUAUGGGUCAUGCACAAGUAUCACCAGUGGAGGUUCAUACACCAACAGUAUCAUCAGUGAUAGCAGUGGUUAUACUUUUCCACCAACUGAUGAUACCUUUUUUGGUGGAAAUUCAUCUUCUGACAGCAUCUCCAAUAGAAGUUUGCCAAACAGGAAUACUACUCCAUGUGAAAUUUUUUCGAGAAGUAGAAGUACAGUUCCCUUUGUCCAGCAUGACCUGGAUCGUGGACUAGAGAUUAUGAAAUUGCCAGUGAGCAGGAACUCGAAAAUUCCACUAAAACGUUGUUCAUCCUUAGUCAUUUUUCCUAGGAGUCCUUCAAAUACCCCACCAACUUCUCUAACAAGUACAGGUACUCCUCCAAGCAAAGGAUCCUAUCAGACCUCACACCAGUUUAUUAUUUCUCCUAGUGAAAUUGCCCACAAUGAAGAUGGCAGUAGUGCUAAGGGAUUUCUUUCAACAGCUGUCAAUGGACUUCGGUUAUCUAAAACAAUCUGUACUCCCAGAGAAGUAAGAGACAUACAACCUCUUCACAGCUCAUUACAAAAGAAAAUUGUUAUUGCAAAUAAUAGUCCAAAUCAGACUGUCUGUGAAAAGUCAUCUGAAGGAUAUUCUUGCGUUUCAGUGCAUUUCACCCAACAAAAAGCAACUGCAUUAGAUUGUGAAACAGCAAAUGGUGAUUGUAGACCAGAGAUGUCAGAAAUUAAGCUUAAUUCUGAUUCAGAGUAUAUUAAGCUUAUGCACAGGACAUCUGCAUGUUUACCAUCUUCCCAAAAUGUAGAUUAUCAAAUAAAUAUCAAUGGACAGUUGGAAAGACCACAUUUACAGAUAAACAAAAACCAUGCUUUUUUACAAAGAAGUAUUUCAUUGGGAGGAACUUAUCCAAAUGUUUCCUGUUUAUCCAGCCUUAAGCAGAAUUGUUCUAAGGGGGGACCAUCUCAAUUACUCAUAAAGUUUGCAUCUAGAAAUGAAGGUAAAGUUGAUAAUUUAACAAGAGACAGCAACAGAGAUUUCACAAAUGAACUAUCUAAUUCUUUACAGCAUUCUUGUAAGACAAGAGAUGAUUUCCUAGGUCAAGUGGAUGUUCCUCUUUAUCCAUUACCGACAGAAAAUCCAAGAAUGGAGAGACCAUAUACAUUUAAGGAUUUUGUUCUUCACCCAAGAAGUCAGAAAUCAAGAGUUAAAGGUUAUCUGAGAUUAAAAAUGACUUACUUACCUAAAACCAGUGGCUCAGAAGAAGAUAACACAGAACAGGCUGAGGAAUUAGAGCCUGGCUGGGUGGUUUUGGACCAACCAGAUGCUGCUUGCCAUUUGCAGCAGCAACAAGAACCUUCCCCUCUACCUCCAGGAUGGGAAGAGAGGCAGGAUAUUCUUGGAAGGACCUACUAUGUAAACCAUGAAUCCAGAAGAACACAGUGGAAAAGACCAACCCUUCAGGACAACCUAACAGAUGCUGAGAAUGGUAACAUUCAGCUGCAAGCCCAGCGUGCAUUCACCACCAGGCGGCAGAUAUCUGAGGAAACAGAAAGCGUUGACAGCCGAGAGUCUUCCGAGAACUGGGAAGUUAUAAGAGAAGAUGAAGCCACCACGUACAGCCAUCAGGCCUUCCCCUCAUCUCCACCAUCAAAUAACUUGGAUGUCCAGACUCAUCUUGCAGAAGAAUUGAAUGCCAGACUCACUGUUUAUGGAAAUUCAGCCACUGGCCAGCCAGUAUCCAGCUCAAAUCAUUCCAGCAGAAGAGGCAGCUUACAGGCCUAUACUUUUGAGGAACAGCCUACACUUCCUGUGCUCUUGCCUACUUCAUCUGGAUUACCACCAGGUUGGGAAGAAAAACAAGAUGAAAGAGGAAGAUCAUAUUACGUGGAUCAUAAUUGCAGAACUACUACCUGGAUAAAGCCCACUGUACAGGCCACAGUGGAGACCAGUCAGCUGCCGUCAAGCCAGGGUUCUUCUGCAGGCCCUCACCCACAGGCCCCCACGAGUGACGCAGCACAGCAGGUGACCCAGCCAUCUGAAGUGGAGCAAGGAUUCCUUCCCAAAGGCUGGGAAGUCCGGCAUGCACCAAAUGGGAGGCCUUUCUUCAUUGACCACAACACCAAAACCACCACCUGGGAAGAUCCAAGACUGAAAAUUCCAGCUCAUGUGAGAGGAAAGACAUCACUUGAUUCUUCCAAUGACCUGGGGCCUUUACCUCCAGGAUGGGAAGAAAGAACUCACACCGAUGGAAGAAUCUUCUACAUAAAUCACAAUAUAAAAAGAACGCAAUGGGAAGAUCCUCGGUUGCAGAAUGCAGCAAUAACUGGACCAGCAGUGCCCUACUCCAGGGAUUACAAAAGAAAGUAUGAGUUCUUCCGAAGAAAGUUGAAGAAGCAGAAUGACAUUCCAAACAAAUUUGAAAUGAAACUUCGCCGUGCAACUGUCCUUGAGGACUCUUACAGGAGAAUUAUGGGGGUCAAGAGAGCAGACUUCCUCAAGGCUAGACUGUGGAUUGAGUUUGAUGGCGAAAAGGGACUAGAUUAUGGAGGAGUCGCCAGAGAAUGGUUCUUUCUGAUUUCGAAGGAAAUGUUUAACCCUUAUUAUGGGUUGUUUGAAUAUUCUGCUACGGAUAAUUACACCCUACAGAUAAAUCCCAACUCUGGAUUGUGUAAUGAAGAUCACCUCUCUUACUUCAAGUUUAUUGGCCGGGUAGCUGGGAUGGCAGUUUAUCAUGGCAAACUGUUGGAUGGCUUUUUCAUCCGACCAUUUUACAAGAUGAUGCUGCACAAGCCAAUAACACUUCAUGAUAUGGAAUCAGUGGAUAGUGAGUAUUACAAUUCACUAAGAUGGAUUCUUGAAAACGAUCCAACAGAACUGGACCUCAGGUUUGUCAUAGAUGAAGAACUUUUUGGACAGACCCAUCAACAUGAGUUGAAAAACGGCGGAUCAGAAAUAGUCGUCACCAAUAAGAACAAAAAGGAAUAUAUUUAUCUUGUAAUACAAUGGCGAUUUGUAAACCGAAUCCAGAAGCAAAUGGCUGCUUUUAAAGAGGGAUUUUUUGAACUGAUACCACAGGAUCUUAUCAAAAUUUUUGAUGAAAAUGAACUAGAGCUUCUGAUGUGUGGCUUGGGAGAUGUCGAUGUGAAUGACUGGAGAGAACACACAAAGUACAAAAAUGGCUACAGUGUAAAUCAUCAAGUCAUCCAGUGGUUUUGGAAGGCUGUUGUAAUGAUGGACUCAGAAAAAAGAAUACGGUUACUUCAGUUUGUCACUGGUACAUCCCGCGUGCCUAUGAAUGGGUUUGCUGAACUGUAUGGCUCAAACGGACCACAGUCAUUUACAGUUGAGCAGUGGGGCACCCCUGAGAAGCUGCCAAGAGCUCAUACGUGCUUUAAUCGCUUGGACUUGCCACCGUAUGAGUCAUUUGAAGAAUUAUGGGAUAAACUUCAGAUGGCCAUUGAGAACACUCAGGGUUUUGAUGGCGUUGAUUAGAUUACAAGUAACAAUCUAUGGUGUUUUACUCCCGCUUUUUUAUAAGCAAAAUCUUGACUUAAAAUUUUCCAGGGAACUACUAACCCUUGGCCAUUGAUGCUUCCCAGAUAUUGGAGAAAAUCACGUCAAAGAAUUAGAAGAAGUAGUAUGACAACUUUUCCAUUAUUUCAUUCACUUAUAUAAGGUGUUGCUUUUACGCAGUUGUUUUGUUCUACCUUGAAUUCACCCUCUAGGAUAUAAGUCCUGUGUGCCUGAAAUCGUGAGUUUUGUCCUUGAUAUUUACCUCUUUUACAGUAUUUGCCAGGCAGUUUCUUAAACUACUGAAAUUAUAACUGUGAAAUAUUUGUGAUAAGUGUCAUGUGUGAAAAGUUUGAUGCUUUUUGAGAAGGAAACUGAAAUUGGGGAAAAAAACUUUAAUAUUGAGUACACUACAAUAUACUCAGUGCUGCCUGCAGCUAGUUAUUAUUUUGUAGACCUGCCUACUGCACGUUACUGCCCAGAUUUUUGGAAAAAUCUUAGAAAGUAUGUUACCUAUAUUUUUAGUCAACUGAUUCACUUGCAAAAAGCUGUUUACUUCUUCGUUUUAAAAAGCAUUUGGCUUUUGUUAAUAUGCGGUUUUACUAAGCAAGGUGGUUCAUAAGACGUGAAGCAAAUUCAAAUUUGCGAAGGGUUAAAGGUAUUAACGCCUCCCUCUUGCCUGUACAUCCUUAUGGUUCAUUGGUAGAAUCAUCACUCUUUACUGUGUUAGUUUAGUUAAAAGAAUUCCUUCUUCAAACUAAAGCUUGACAAAGCAGUAUUCCUAAAUAAGCCUUGAAGAACUAAGUUAAAUGUAUAACACUUGCCUUUACUAGUCAUUCUUUACUCUUGCACAAUUAUGUAGUAAAUAUAUGUUUACAGGGUUUAUUAUGUUUACAGAUUAAGCUAAUCUCUGCAGUUGCAUUUUUAUAUUUUUAGUAUUUCACUUUAGUCAAAAAAAACCAAAUAAUUUGUUAAAAAUAACCAAAGAAUAGUUAUAAUGCAUAAUUUGUAUUAAAUUACCCUAUUUCUUAUGCUUUUUUAAAAACCUGUUUACUAUGAAAAUGUUUUGCUAUAAAUCCAAAACUCUUUAGGCAAAAUGCUACAGAUAGACUCCGACUUUAGCCAAACUGAAGUACAUAAAAAUCCUGUGCAUGCAUUCAGUGAAGGUUUACUGAAUGCCUGCGAGGUGCAUAGCUCUGUCUAGGCCCUGGGGUAAAGGUUGUCAGCUUCAAAGAGAUCUAGCUGAGUCCCCAUCCUCAAGGAACUUAGAGAUGUGUAAAGGAAUUUUCAAACAAUCAAAAGUCAGGGUGAGCAGAAUAAGGCAAAAGGGAAAGUGUUCCAGUGCACCUGCAAACAUAAGUGUGCCAAGACUGUAUUUAUAUAUUUUAUACCUACAUUGGAAUGAUUAUAUAGAAAAUGCUCUUGCAAAAAGAUAAAGCUAUUUCUCAAUAUGGUAUCUUUGUGAUUUAGGGGUAAUUGUAAAUAUAUGUUAUUAAUCUUCUUAAAUACAUACAUAUAUAUAUAUAUAUAUAUGCAUAUUCUGAGAGUUGUAAGAAGUGCAUCUGGCUCUUGGUUAAAGUUUGUUGGGGUCUAACACAAUGGGUACCAUUCAGCACCUGGUAGGGAUCUCCCAUGUGACAGAGGCAAAACCACUUUCCAAACAGCACAUCAGCAACUCAGCUUAGGGAGAGUAAUUCACAGAUCUGUGUACCCUGUGUCUUAUCUUCACCUUGCUAACUAGCAUUCAGGGGAGACCACCAGGUGUAGCCCUAAUUUUAUCACUUACCAAAUGUUUAAACUGAAGCAGCAUACUUCACCUCUCUGGGCUCCUGGUUCUUCACCUGUCAAAGGAAAAUAAUCAUGCGCACUCUCAUUGUCAUGUAAGAUUAUCGUAAAUUCCAGAAAGAUGCUUUGUAAAGUAUCAUACGAUCAGGAGGUGCUUUGUGCUGACCAUCAGAUUUUGUCAAAUCAGGUGUGAACACGAACUACACUCCCAAAGAAAAAUCUCUUCAUUUAAAAAUAAAAUGACUGCUGACAGACAAGGAAGUAGGAACAUCUCUGAUAUUGAAUAUAUACAGAUAUACAUAUGCAUGUUUAUCUGUACUUGGAUCUUACCAUCAGAAUUCAUUUUCUCCACAUGAGCAAAGUAGUAUUAAUAUGGGCCAAUGCAUUUUGGAAUGUUCUCAUUAUGUAGAACUGAAUGUGAAAACUAUUUUUGUUAAAACAAGAUUUUACCACAUGACUGUUUAAAUAUCGCUUCUGUGAAAUACAGCAGAUAUCAGAGCCUGAGAAAAUAUAAAGCUUGCUUUUCGUCCGACUCAUUCACUUGGAUGAUUCUGUGACUCAGAUAAAACAGGGUGUUAAAGAGACCAGACACUCCCACCAGCCCCCAGCCACAGACCAUCACCUCCCAUGUGUGCACUGAUGGUCCAAAAGGAACCUGUAUCAAGCAACACAGCCCCUCAUCCCAGAUAGCAAAGUUUCUCAAAUGCAUUCUACGGCUGGAAGUAAAUAGGGUCAUUUAUGUAAAGCAAGGACGUCGGGUUUUUUUUAGAAUUAUAAGCACAUAGUUUUAGCCUAUUAUUUUCUCUGUAAUCAAACAAAUUUUAACAGACAUAAAAUUGUGCUACAAAUGCAUUUCAUCCUAAUUUAAAUGGUUAUUUGUUUUCAUUUUUUAUUUAUAAUGCUGAAAUUAUUCCAGAGAAUUAUCAAGUUAAACAAUUCGUUUGGAUUAUAAGCCACUUGACAUUGUUGUUUAAAAUCUUCUCAUAUGGGAAAAAGAUAUCAAGAUUAAUGUAUCAAAAUUUAUUGCAUACUUUAAAAUAUAAAACCAUUUUUUAAAAUCUUGAUGCCACAAAUAAAGUUCUAUUCUAGUAAAAACAGAAACUGUGAUUCAUUUUCAGAUAGAAAUGUUUCCUAGCCAUUAUCCUUGGCCAAUAGCUCCUCAUCUAGUUCUCUGCAGCAACACGUGGAAUUCUCAAGACAACCUUGAAUUUAUAGCAGGUUACCUAGCAUGAUUAUAAACUCUUAACCACAGAGAAUCUCCAUUUUACAAACAGGUCCUGUUCCCAAAAUCUGGUUGUUAGUAAAUUAUCCAGAAGAUGAUAUAAUUAUAAAGUUAAAAAUGGACUGGAUUUCAGACUUGCUGUUGUUCAUUCCAGAGGCCAGCCACGGAACCUAUUUAUAACAUUGUUUCUAUGUGAAAAGGAAUUCCCAAGUGUUACUUCAGAAGUAAGUAUCUUUUCAUCCUUCCUCUGAACUCCUGGAAGUUUCCCAGUUAGAAGGGAAUCCAACACCCUCACCCCCAGUCAGCCCUAGGAAGGUGCUGUUCCAGCCCUGUUUCUGCCAAAAUCCAGACUGUAGUUGUAAUCUGUGGGGUCCAGACGCCUGCCUUCCCCGCUUCCACCCUUCCAGUGCUCACCAGCUCGGGCAGUAGCUAGCCGGCACCGUGCCUCCCCAUACAGGAAGUCCUUGCUUUGCUGUCCAGCAGGGCAGGCACAUUCCUUUUUAUAAAGGAUAUUAUACUAAGUGUUAGAAUCGCAGGACCUCACUCUGAAUAGUGGGCUUCAGUAGAUUUGUGUGUAUUUUUCUUGAGCGUUAAAGAAUAUCGGUAAAUUAGCGGCCUGUUUCGGUUCCGCCAGUCUCUUCUUCUGCAAUCCAUCCUAUGCAGUCCGUCCAUCCCACACCAGUGUUUCCUUUCUCAUAUACAAAUCUGAUCAGGUUACUCCGCCAAAAACGCUCUGAAAGCUCCCCAGAGCCAGAAGGAAGAAGCCCAAACCCGUUGGCGUGAAAUGCAGUCUGUCCCCAGCUUAAUGCAUGAGUUCCACCUUCCAUCAUACCCCACUCAGGCACCCUGCCCUCCACCCAAACCAGGCCUCCCUCCAGUCCCUAAUCACUGAAAACUUCUCUGCACCUGCUUAUGUCCACUUGCAAAAUCACUCCUCCUCUUGGAGCAGUGGAAGGGUGCUGUGGCCUAGCAUUUGGUACCUAGUAGCAUGAAUGGGAUCGUAUUGCUAUGCUUUGUUUACAUAAUUCUCGCCUACAAACUUGGGCAGCUGGAAAACAGGGACUUCUUUGUAUACAUUUUUAAUAUGUUCAUUUUCCAACACAUAAAUACAAUAUGAGUAUUGUUUGUGUAUAGACCCAGUGCACAUGUAUCGAGCACCUACAGCGUCCCUGACCCUGUGCAGUAAUAUGCAGGAGGCCCUGUGUUUAGGGCGAUGAUGGGAACUGUGAAAAUACACAUGCAGAGAAGGAGCUUGACGGAGAUCCUGUAGAGCACCAGGGUCUGCAGUAAACACUUUACGUGGGUCCCAUUUAAUCUUCAUAAAAACUCAGUGAGGCAGGUUUUAUAGGCUCAAAAAGGACAAGUAAUUCACCUGAGGCCACACAGCAUAUAAACUCAGUGGAUUAUGAACCACAACAAAAAAAAAGAAAGCUAUAGAAUCCAAUCAGCAAAUUACCAAGGUGUAUUCAUUUUCUAUUGCUGCAUAACAAAUGACCACAAAGCUAGCAGCUCAAAUCAACACCCAUUUAUCAUCUCACAGUUCAGUCAGUCAGUAACUCCACAUGGAAUCUAAAAUAUGACACAAAUGGACUUAUCUAUGAAACAGAAACAGACUCACAGACAUAGAGAACAGACUUGUGGUUGCCAAGGGGUAGGUGGGGGAGGGAUGGAUUGGGAAUUUGGGAUUCGCAGAUGCAAACUAUUAUAUAUAGAAUGGAUAAACAACAAGGUCCUACUGUAUAGCACAGGGAACUAUAUUCAAUAUCCUAUGAUGAAUCAUAAUGGAAAACAAUGUGAAAAAGAGUGUAUGUAUAUGUAUAACUGAAUCACUUUGCUGUUUAGCAGUAAUUAACAGAACAUUGUAAAUCAACUCUACUUGAAUAAAAUUAAUUUAAAAAUUAAAAAAAAAAGAAAUCCACAUGGGCUCAGCUGGCUUCUCUACUUAGGGCCUCACAGGCCAAAACCAAGGUGUCAACCAACCAAACUCUUACCU